UAAGGUCUUAUUGUGUGUUUAUUAAUGACGUAGGAGUCUGAUACAGUACUAUAAGGUCUUAUUGUGUGUUUAUUAAUGACGUAGGAGUCUGAUACAGUACUAUAAGGUCUUAUUGUGUGUUUAUUAAUGACGUAGGAGUCUGAUACAGUACUAUAAGGUCUUAUUGUGUGUGUACUGUACAUAAUAUUCUGAAUGAAUCUUUCAGGAGUAUGAUGUGGAUUCAGAGGGCAGCGAGGAGGAGAGAGACGACAUGCGGAGCGCUCUCUCUCUAGAGGAAGGAUACGGGGUGGAGAGAGGGGAGCGCUCAGGCCUGGGACGCGUCUACUUCUCUAACCAGGACUACUACCAGAGGCUGGAGCAGCUGCAGAGAACCCACCUGAGGAACAUGGCUGAGCUGGAGAAGAUGUAUAUCUGUAAAAGGUCAAAGGUCAACAAGAAGGACAAUGAGGAGGAGUAUGAGGAGGACAAGUGUUUGGAGAGAGAGAGCAGAGACAAUCAGGAUCUCCAACCCAGUGUCACGUGGGAAAGCCAGAGCUCUGGCUCUAUGCCAGUGAGGCGACUGCAGAGAAUCCUUUCAGACGAGGAGCUGAACUUCCACGAGGAGACGUCAGGUGACGUGUCUGACCAAUCAGGAGACGGUGUUGGUGGAGACGGAGAAGAGGAGGAUAACCAUUAUGAACUGCUGCUGGAACAGAGAGAAGAGGACAGCCACAGCCCCAGGGCCUGGAAAAGGAAGGACAAACCCCUCAGGAACAGUCUCAGGGACAGUCAGUCCUGCUGUCCAGAGAGUGUGACCACCACCACCACCACCGCCCGUAAGCAGCCAUCAUCUACGUCAUCAUCUAGGAGCCAGCUCCAGAUCCAGCUCCAGCUGAGAGGCUGCUGCCCCAAGAGCCAGGGCAGAAACCAGGGAGGAAACCUGAGCAAGACAGGGAGAACCAGAGGCGAGAGCUAUAGGGGGGAUGGAGGUCCUGAUAACUACAGGGGGACUGUGACCGUCCCCGAGCCGUUCAGGAUGAUGAUGAGGGAGGAGGAGAAGAAGAGGAGGAAGGUCAGGACUCGUUCGGAGGUGGAGCUGGAGAACUUGCUGCUGCGCCGGGAGCUGGACGAGUUGAGGGAGUGUGGCAUGAAGUUCCGGGCCUCGCCGGCGCCUGCCCACACUCGCCUGCCGCUCUAUGACGUCAUCAGCCGACGCCUCAGCCAGCGGCCCAGUUACCAUCCCGGUAACCACAGAGUUAACUUCGGUAAUUAUCAGUGUGUCACGGUCAGCGGUGGCAACCAGCGGGCCUCCUCCUGCUCACCCCAGAGACCGUUCAGCUUCCUGGAGAGAGAGAGGAGGAAGAGGGAGCAGAGGAUUGAAGUGGAACUGGGGAACCUGGUGGCCAAAGAGGAGAGGAGGGCAUUCAAGGCCAGGCCGGUGCCCAGGUCUGUGUACUACAGCCACAGCGCCACCCACAGGCAGCAAGGCAAAGUGCAGCAGCAGCUGACGAGUCAGAAGAAACUGAAGAAUAUGACCCACCAACACAGCACGCGAUCUACACCAGGCUUGCGGGCCGAGGGUCCAGGAGAGAAGAGGGGACACACAGAGGAGGGCGAGGACCAGGGCCUAAUGCUUGUGGAGAAAGAGAAGAGUUUUCGCCUAAAAAAGGAGGGACUCCCGUCCUACGACAGCAAUAGCUACUGGCGGUCUCAGAGCCGGAGCAGGCAUCCGUCGAUCAAGAUGGGGACGGGGGGACCUAGGAAGCAGCUUGAGCUCCAGAUAGACAUGGAGUUGGAGAGGAAGAAGGAUAGAGAGAGGGAGUUGUCUUACAUCGACCCACUCUGUACCCCUGGCAGCCCCAACAACCUCUGUUCGUCUCUCGUCAGUCAGGAGGACCUCCCUCUCCCAGCAGGCAAAACAGACUACAUCAGCGUGUGUAACAGCCGUGAUCAAGUCGUCGAAAGUGUUCUGUAAACGGUUCCUUCAUUUUGGUCAAAGUCAAGACCUGUAUCCUCUACCACUAAACAUGUUAACUCCUGUCUCUCUGGGUCAUCCUUUACGUGUACAGAGCCUUCAGAAAGCAUUCAGAUCACUUGACUUAUUCCACAUUUUGUUGUGUUACAUCCUGAAUUAAAAAU